CUCUUCUAUUUCACCGGUGCCUCACGGUGCUGUGUCUGACUGGCUCAGAGGCAUGACAAGGACAUGCUCCCCGCUGCUCUCAGAGAAGGAUCUCGAAUGCCUCACAUCGAGCAGGUGAGCCGGGUCACGUUUGAGCUGAAGACGCUGGAAUCUUCUGAUCUUACCGAGAUCUUAAUUUAUGGCUCUGAACAAAAGAAGUUUCGGACUAAAUGGAUGCUUCAGUCCAUGGCUGACAGGUACCGCCUGCGCCAGGAAAGAGGCAUGCUCAAGCUGGAGGAAGGCACGAAGGUCCUGGAACUAGACCAGUGUUCCAAGAAGUGAAGCAAGUCAUUGUGACUCCCAC